AUGGCGGAUCGGUUCAGAAGCUGGGCCAUUUUGCUUCAUCCGGUGGAGAGCAGAGUGCCUGGCAAGGCCGGAGUUUUCGAUGCAACAGUCCUGAUAGAUUCCGACCCAUGGUUACACCCAAUCCUUGUCAGCAUGAUCUCCAACCGAAAGCCGCUGGAUCCCCUAUGGCGAGACUCACAUCCAGCCCUGGUCAGGACCUUUUCUGGAAUCACAGCAGAUCUGGGAUUGGAACAUCUGGGAAGUUGUUUGUACACUCUUCGACAUGGGGGCGCGACUCACGACAUCAUCACACGCCGCAGAAAUAUGCUGGAGGUCAAGCAAAGGGGCCGGUGGCAGACCGAUUCAUCGCUCCGUCGCUACGUGAAGCUAGCAAGACUCCAGCACGAGCAGUCGAAGAUUCCAAAGUCGAUAGCGGAUAGCGGAACAAGGAGUUUGGCUUGCUACACCUUGUCCUACUUGGAGUAG